AUGAAUCGGGCAAUUCUAGAGGGCCUCAGGAGAAGGAUCAUGGGCGCGCACGGAGCCUGGGUGGAAGAGCUACCGAGCGUUCUAUGGGCAAUGCGGACAACCCCAAAGACUGAUUCGGGCGAAUCCCCGUUCAGCCUUGCGUUCGGAACCGAAGUGGUCCUCCCGCCCGAAGUGGUGUUCCCGACCUUGCGUACCUUAGGUUACAAGCAAGUAGAUUCUGAGGAGGGCCUGAGAGCGCACUUAGACCUCCUCGAGGAAAGGAGAGCCAGGGCCCACCUACGCGCCCUAGCGUACAAGAAGGCUGUGGUGCGAAUGUACAACCGAAGGGUCCGCCCCCGUCCAAUCAAGAUCAAGGAUCUCAUCCUCCGAAAGGCAGAGGUAACCAACCCGACCCGAGCGGGAGGCAAGCUUGCGCCCAACUCGGAAGGCCCGUAUAGAGUCUACGACAUGGUCCGAGAAGGGACUUACCGACUCGAAACUAUGGAGGGAAACCACCUGCCAAGGACCUAG